AUGAACCUGGUUCUCCGCCAGGGCAUCCUGCAAGAUGGAGAUUCCUACGUCUUCACCCUCCACGUAACCGACGGCAACAUGGACCGCGAGGGCGUGGCGUCCAUCACGCUACAGCCCAACAUGCCCCCGGCGGGCGGGGACUGUGACCUCCGAGUGGGGGGAGGAGGAGAGGGGGGACCAAUCAGAACACUGGUGGACAGGGUGUACUUCAACUGUUCAGGUUACAGUGACCUGGGUGUCAGAGACCCUCUCCUGUCUGUGGACGUGGUUCUUCCAGACAGUCCUCCAGGCUACAGCAGCCUGCCCCACUGGCUCAGUGAGCUGACCUCCACCACACUCAGACAGCUACUGAAACAGGGAGACUCACAGAGGGUCAGAGAGCUGUCCCUGGCCCUGAUCACUGUUCUCAAUGAGUAUGAGCAGACCCGUGAGUCGCCGAUAGUAUCCAGGGCAGAGCGCGGUUACCGGGUCAUCGUGCGUAGUGACAUCACCAGAGCUCUCACGGCCCUCGACCUGACAACAGUUAACGACAUACAGCAGACCUCGGCUGCCCUGGCACAAUGCACGGCGGUGAGUCGUGAGUUUAUCUGUGAGGAAUGUCAGAACAGCACGUUGAAUAAGCUGGAGUUGAUGUUGGACAUCCUGGAGACAGACACCAAGCAGGGAACAGUCACACCUACUGAGAUAGCAGACAACAUCCUCAACAUCAUGGGUGACCUUAUCCACCAGGUAAGCCAGUCGGCCUCCCAGCAGCUCUUGGGCACACCCCUGCGCGUAGCAGCCCAGGCCUAUAAUCUGUCGUCGGCGCUGAUGCGUAUCCUGAUGCACUCCCGCGUCCUUAACGAGGAACCACUGGUGCUGCGGGGGACGGAGAUCGCCGCCACGGGAAAACGGGCCGACCCCCAGUCGCUGUUCUGCUACCACGACGAUGACUCACCGGAGUGCAGACGGUUCUCCAUCCCCAGAGCCUUCAACAACAGUCUGAGCAGAGCAGCUACCAGCGUGGUACAACUCAUGUUCCAGGUGGAGCCCAACCCGUUCCCCUUUAACUUUGUGGCUAACUACACAGUCAGUACCGAGGUGGCCUCCAUGGAGUUCCGGGCAGAGAACGGUUCCCAGAUCCCAAUCUCAGACCUCGACGACAACCAAGCCAUCACCGUUGCCGUGAACAAUGGCAGCGCCACCGACAGCAAUGGGGCAGGGGUGACGGGAGUCCCUUUAGCCAGGGACAUUAACGUGAGCCGGUGUGACUCUGUCAUCGUACGAGUCAGCGCCGGUAACUCCAACCAGCAGGCCGGACUGUUCAUCCAACUCAACUUCACCACCCUGGACGAUGGGGUGAGGUCAGAGGUGAGCGAGGCGGACCCCUCCAUCAUGACCUACCUCCACUCCUCCAACUGGCCCAACGAGUUCAACUUCACAGACAGGAAACACAUCACACUCAGCAUGACCAGGGGGCGGGACCUGGACCACAGGAAGUACACCUUCUUCCUGUCCCCAGAGUCCCAUGACACGACCCUGGACUACUAUGUCAACGUGACCACGGGCUGUACCACUGACUCCCCCAGCGCGGGGGUGCGUCUGGAGGUGGGUGUGUUUACGUCCCUGUGCCAGUACUUCAGCGAGAGCGCCAAGCUGUGGCGUACGGACGGCAUGGUGCCACUGGCAGAGACUAAUGCCAGCCGGGCCGUCUGCAGCACCCGCCACCUCACAGCCUUCGCUGCCAGUCUCUUCGUUCCACCUGAUGCUGUCACCUUCAUACGGCCUGAGCGGGGGGUUCCCAGCCUCGUGGUGUUGUUGACGUGUGUGGUGGGGUUGCUGUGUUACGCCGUGGCGCGGCCAUCUUACAUAAACUGGACCAGCUGGACCUGA